CCGCCCGCCAUGGCUGCCGUGCUCUCACAGGUGCGCCAGAACUACCACCCGGUCUGCGAGGCCGCCGUCGACAGCCAGAUCAACCUGGAGCUCUACGCCUCCUACGUCUACCUGUCCAUGGCCUUCUACUUCGACCGCGACGAUGUGGCCCUCAUGCACUUCGCCCGCUAUUUCCUGCGCCGGUCGCACGAGAAGCGCGAGCAAGCAGAGCAGCUCAUGAGGCUGCAGAACCAGCGCGGAGGCCGCAUCUGCCUGCGCGACAUCAAGAAGCCCUACCGCGACGACUGGGAGAGCGGCCUCAGGGCCGUGGAGUCCGCCUUCCACCUGGAGAAGUGCGUCAACCAGAGCCUCCUGGACCUGCACCGCCUGGCCACCGACAAGGCCGACGCGCACCUCUGCGACUUCCUGGGGAGCCACUACCUGCACGAGCAGGUCAAGGUCGUCAAGGAGCUGGGGGGCCACCUCACCAUCCUGCGCAAGAUGGGGGCCCCGGAGGCCGGCAUGGCAGAAUACCUCUUUGACAAGCUCACCCUGGGUGGCGACGGUGACAAGGAGGACUGA